GCUGGUCUUGAACUCCUGACCUCAAGUGAUGCACCUGCCUUGGCCUCCCAAAGUGCUGAGGAUUACAGGCACUAGCCAGCAUGCCCAGCUGCAAAGGUGUAUUUAUGAGUAAAAAGAGCAAUGUACAAACAAAAAAUAGGGAACAGGUGGGGGUGGUGGCACAUUCCUAUAAUUCUAGCACAUUGGGAGGCUGAGGUGGGAAGAUCGCUGGAGCUCAGGAGGUCGAGGCUGCAGUAAGCCAUGUUUACACCACUGCCCUCCAGCCUGGGUAAUGGAGCAAGACUCUGCCUCAAGAAAAGUUAGAAUUAAAAUUAAAAAACCAAAACCUAAGCAUUACGAUUGGGUUUUCAUGCAAUUUUAUGUUAUGUGCCUUCCUCAAAACUUGUUACAGUAUCAUCAUAUCACCAAUCUGAUGCAAAAAAGAAAAAAUAAGGUUGCGUUUCUCAGGAGAAACUCCUGAGGAGGAUUCCCGGAGUGACAAUGGCUACCUACAGCCUGGCGAACGAGCAACUACGCGCCCUGGAAGACAUCGAACGGGAAAUCGGCAUCAUCCUUCAGAAUGCAGGUACAGUGAUCCUAGAAUUGUCCAAGGAAAAAACCAACGAGCGGCUUCUAGACCGGCAGGCGGCAGCCUUCACCCCUUCAGUGCCACACGUGGAGGCGGAGCUGUCAGCUCAGAUCUGCUACGUCACCCAGGUGGCCACAGGGCAGCCCCAUGAGGGCUCCAGCUACUCUUCGAGGAAGGACUGUCAGAUGGCUCUGAAGCGAGUGGACUAUGCCCGCCUCAAGCUCAGUGAUGUGGCUCGAACCUGUAAGCAGAUGCUGGGGAACUAGGCCAGGGAGGUGGACCCAGAGCUCAGAGAGAGACCAUCGCCUGCGCCAUGGGAAAGAACCUGGGAACAUGCAGGAUGGGGAGCAUGGGCACCUACAUGCCCUGCUGCUCAAAGUACCCUUGGGGAGGCCGAGGCCGGAGGAUCAUGUGAGGUCGGGAGUUUGACCUGGCCAGCUUGGUGAAACUCCGUCAAAGACAAAGGGGCAAAUGGUGGGCAUGGAAAAACUGAAGCCUGAGCCUACCCACAGCUAUGCCUUGGCCUCUCCAGCAGGGUGCUCCUGCCCUGUACUCCACCAAAACCCUGACAGGCUCAGACAGAGAUGGAAACUCACACAUCCAACCCACUUCCUCAAACACUUCAUGCUCCUGACCCAGGCUUCGCGCAGAAUUGGCCUAAUGAAGAUACAUUCUUCUUCACUGGGAGAGACAAGAACUAGAAUUUUAAUAAUAAAAGCAACAAUAAUAAANAAAAAAAAAAAAAAAAAAGAAAAGAAAAAAGAAAACCCAGAAA